AAAUCUCCAUCUACAGAAUCGUUGGUGGUAGUUCAGCUAACUCUAUAAGCAACUACUACUACUACUGUCGCUAAUAAUAAUAAUGCAGCUGCGUUUCUCGCCUCAUCGACUGAGAGACUGUAAUAGUAAUUGGUAAUUACGGUCAGCGGCAUCUAUCUACUUUCAUUAUCAUUAUCGUACUAAACAGACCAAUAACACUCCCACACAGCGAUUCAAUAUCUCCCACUUUAUUUCGUUAACAGUAGUAAAAGCAGCGGCAAAAACAUCGAUAGUUAUAACAGCUACUGCAACUUUCUCGUUUUAUAGUAAAAGAAAAAAAGAACUACUACAAAAGUGCUUUUCAUUAUUUUCAGUAUGUUGCUGGCGACGACGACGAAGACAUUUAGAACAAUGAUGAUGUUUGGAAUGGACGUGACGAUAACGGAAGAGAAAAUGAUGAUGGUGAGCUGACGAUUAUGACGACAACUAUGAUGGUGGUGGUGGUGGUGAUGAUGAUUAUGAUGAUGAUGGUAACGCCACUAAGUAUGACAGAGACGAUGUAAAGCAAAGAGACACAUUUACACCUGUCGCGAUGGUUUGGGCUACAACCGAUGAAACUCAUUAGAUGAUUAAGAAAGAAUUUUUUUUUUUCCAUUUCAAAAACCAUACAUCAACACAAACGAGAACUUCGCUUGACUGUAGAAUUUAUCAAACCAAAUCAACUUACAACCAAAAUUGUAACUGGACAUACUUGAGAGAGAGAAAAAAAAAAAAAAAAAUAGCAAAAAAGAAAAAAAAACAAAACAGAACAAAAAAAAACAAAAACAAAAAUAGACGGAAAGUGGGAAAGACAGAACAGGAGACACAAGUGAAAGAAGAAGAGCGGUAACCGAAGAAACGGAUAAGGAACUAAAAACAAAUAAUUUUCAGAUAUUUAUUCAAAACUGUCCGAAAAACCUCGACCGCCUGAAAAAUGGAUCUUGUGAGGACUUUAACAAUGCAGUUCUUUCCGAAAAGAAUCUUCAUACAAUUUGGGACCAUCUUUGCUCUGUUGGUAUUUAACAGUCUUACAAAAGUUGAUGGACAAACACAACAAACAAGCUCACACCAUGAUUACUGUAUCAUCGGAGCUGGACCGUCAGGACUUCAAAUGGGAUAUUUCCUAGAAAAAUCUGGGAGGGAUUACAUAAUUUUUGAAAGAACAAAUACCUCAGGAAAUUUCUUCACAAAAUACCCCCGUCAUCGUACAUUAAUCAGUAUAAAUAAAAGAAAUACCGGAAGGACGAACAAAGAAUUCAAUAUGAGACAUGACUGGAAUUCACUACUUUCUGACAAGGAGCAUUUAAAACUGCGCUAUUACAGUAAAGAAAUGUUUCCUCAUGCUGAUGUACUUGUUAAAUAUCUUUCAGAUUUCCAACGUAUGAACAAUUUAAAUGUCCAAUUUAAUGCAGAAAUGUCUAAUAUCCAAACUGUGAGAAAUGAUUCAGUUAAAGAGAAACAUACGUUCACUAUGUCUGACCAAUACAACAACAAAUAUGCUUGCAGAUGGUUGAUUGUUGCAACUGGCUUGUGGAAACCUAACAUCCCCAAAUUCGAUGGAAUUGAACUCACACAAGGAUAUGAAUCUAUUUCAAUUAAUGCAGACGAUUUUGAAGGAAAAUCAGUUCUUAUACUUGGUCGUGGUAACUCAGCUUUUGAAACUGCUAAUGCAAUUUAUGGUGCAACUAAUGUAGUACAUAUGAUUGCCAGGAGCAGGGUUAGACUAGCAUGGGCCACUCAUUAUGUUGGAGAUCUUCGUGCUGUGAACAAUGGAGUGCUUGAUACAUAUCAGCUCAAGUCCUUGGAUGGCAUUGCAGAAGCUUUCCUUUCUGACGAAACUAAGCUGAUGUCAAAGAAUGGAAAAUACCAGUUGGUUACAGACGACGAAUUUUUUGAUAAUUUUGCGUUUCGGGAAUCCUAUGAUGUUAUUAUAAGAUGUUUAGGAUUCACUUUUGAUGAUGAACUAUUUUACAAUACCACUCAACCGAGGCGUGGCACAGGUAAACUCAGGAAAUUUCCAGAAAUUUCACCUGUUUAUGAGUCCACGAAUAUUCCUGGAAUGUAUUUUACCGGUACAAUAACUCAUUCUUUGGAUUUCCGCAUGAGUGCUGGCGGGUUCAUUCAUGGUUUCCGUUACACUGCCCGUACUCUCCACCGUUAUUUGGAAUGGCACAAUCAUGGAAAAGAAUGGCCAUCUGUGAAAAUGCCGGUUAACGAUGUGCUUUAUUACACAAUCAAAAGAAUUAAUGAAGCUGCAGGAAUCUACCAAAUGUUCCAAGUCCUCAUUGAUGUCAUUAUUUUGAACGAGGAUCACACUGAAGUAACGUAUGUACAAGAAGUUCCUUUGAAGAUGCUUCAUAAAUUGCCUGAAGUAACUGGUAUUCCAUGCAAGGAAAUCGUAGCAAUUGUUUUCCAAUAUGGAGCCAACUUUUCAGGUCCUGGGAAUGAUGUAUUCCGAGAAGAUCGAGCUAACGUUACCCCAGAGAAAGCUGACAAAUCAAAUUUUCUUCAUCCUGUAUUAUAUCAUUACAAAAAGCUACCGAGUGAAAAACAGAUGUUAAAUUUACGGUCAAAGGAGCUGCUUCCCACACCUGAUGAUAUUCAUCAUAUGGUUGAAGACUUUCUCACUGUUUGGGACACACCAAACAGCCACAUUUUCCCACUUCGACGCUUUCUUGAGAACGUAUUCGACAAAGAUCUUCGCCACUUCUUCUCUUCUACAUGUGCCAAGUUUCUACUGACUCUCACUUCGCUGCCAUUGUUCUGUGAACAAUAUUACAUGAAAGGUCAAGGUCUUACCGGAAGUGACCUCUUGUUGGAGAUGAUUGAACAACAACUCGCUGCUUAAAAUUUUGAUGACCAGCAAAGAGUUGAAAAAUAACAAAGGCAAAAUUCUUCCAUUUGGCUUCUUUACAUUCUUUCUAUUUUUUCCCAGAGAGUUUUAUUUUUAUGUAAUAUUCUUGGUUAUUAUUAUCAUUAUUUUUAUCCCAUUAUAACUGAGCGUUUCUUGCCAGAAACUGGUACUUCAAAUUCGAUAUUUGUUCUACUGCAUUAAUAAACUCAAUAAAAAUAAUGAAAUUUAUCAUUGUUGGAAAUAUAUUUUUAAACAGUUUUGCAAAAAUCUGUAUAUUACAGAAGUUAUUUUUUUAAUAGUUAUUUUAUCCACUACUGCAUAUGAUGUGAAUCUAUUGCAGAAAGUGUCCAUGAUAAAAUUUAUGCUCAUUACUGAAAAAUAUCAAUAAUAGUAAUUAUACAGUAACACUACUGUUUACUAUGGGGAACUAUACUUCUGAAUGAAUUGGUGAACUAGGUCAGCAAGAGUUUAGUAUCUUGGACUUGACAUUAAAAUGGUUACUGUAUAUGAAGGCAUAUGAGAUGGAUUGUUCCCCCACCACAGAAAAAAAAAAAAAAAGUCCCCUUGAGUCUUAUAGGCAAAGGUGAGCCUCUCAUAAACUUUAAUGCACUAAAACAUUUUUUUCCUGGAUAUGCACUACUGGAGUUGGGGUGCAUCUAAUAUAUCUGUGCAUCUUUUAUGCCAUCAAAUACAGUAGAUCUUUUGAGUAAAGUAUGAGAUUUAAAUUCAACUUCUUUUUCCAUAAUCUUAUGGACUUGAUAUUUAUAAAAUUACAAAUAUUUAUGAUAUUUGUUGGAAUGUUUACAUUUUUGUUCGAGUAGCUAAUUAUGUUAAGAACUUUAUAAAUGUUUGUAAAUGUUUUAAAAACAUAAUCUGCUACCUCAUUACAUAUACAACACCUUGUAAACAGGAGCUUUGUCAGACUAUAUGAAUAUACUGAUGAAAUAAAGACUGGAGUUUUCAAAAAAAUGUCAGAAACAAAAAAAAAAAA